AUGGCUCUAUGUGCGUGUUGUUCAAAAGUCUCUACGGCAGAUUCUCUUGUUUUAGGGGCUAUCCAGAUUAUGAUUGGCAUCUUUAGCGUUUUCAUGUGGUAUCUCCUAUUGAUUUUGUAUAUAGGACAAAUUAAAGGAGUCUUUGGAACAUAUGAACCUAUAACUUACAAAACAGGAUGUUCUUUAUGGGGAAUUAUUUUUAUCAUUUCAGGAGUCUCCAUAAUAAGAGUAGCAAGGCAUCCAUCUCCACGCCUGCUUACAUAUACUAUGAUCAUGAACAUCUUAUGCAUAAUUGUUGCAGUUAUUGCAGUGGUUCUAACAGUAAUGGAGUUGUCUUCUUUUGAGUCUGUGUCAUAUAGGAAUUAUGGACAAGCGAAACUUGGGAGAGAAAUUUCACGUGUUUUACUGGGCUUCUACCCCUUGGAAUUGUGUAUUGCUUUCACAUACAUGAUCUUCGGCUCUGUUGGUUUGAUUCCAGGGCUCUUCAGGUACCUUUCUGGCCACUCUUUACCUCCUACGCUGGAUCGUGUUCAUCUCCCUGACCUCCUAACACUAACACUCAUCACUUCCCUUCACCCUGAUCCUUCCCACAAGGCAGCAAAGGGUUUUGUCUAUGUUAACUCCCUCCCCCAACAUCUCAUUCCCAAUCCGUGUCCUGGGAGCCUGCAGAUCCAUCAGAGCUCCAAGCACCCCACCGCGCAGGUGUCCCCGCGGGGCUCCUCGCGCAGCCGCGCCCGGAAGCCGAGCUCUUGGUCACAACUGCGGCGUUGGAAGCGCUCGAGGGGCGAUGAGGGGCACAACCGAGGAAUCAGGACCCACUGGACAAGUGCUGCCGCCAGGACUUCCGGAGCCGAAAAGUCUGGAACUGAGGGCAUCACCUACGAGAUCACGCCCCUCUAG